AUGGCGCCAUCCAGAAUUCAUGUUACCUGUGCAUUAGUGAAUGAUAAAAUGCCCACUGGACGGAUUCAUAAGGGAGUGUGUUCAACUUGGAUGAAGAAUUCUGUACCAUUGGAGAAAAGUCAGGACAGUAGUUGGGCUCCUAUCUUUGUUAGGCAGUCCAAUUUCAGACUCCCAGCUGAUAGUAAAGUGCCUGUAAUUAUGAUAGGCCCUGGCACUGGGUUGGCUCCUUUCAGAGGUUUCUUACAGGAAAGAUUAGCUCUGAAAGAAGGUGGAGCUGAGCUGGGCCCCUCUGUUUUAUUCUUUGGAUGUAGGAACCGUCAAGUGGACUAUAUCUAUGAAGAUGAAUUGAACCACUUUGUUAAUGGUGGAGCACUUUCUGAGCUCAUUGUUGCUUUCUCACGAGAUGGGCCUACAAAAGAAUAUGUCCAACAUAAAAUGAUGGAGAAGGACAUUAAACCCCAUAAUACAAACGAUUUGGGUAAAGGAAGACAAAUGCCAAUACACUACGGCUCUAACAAACACAAUUACUUCACAGUUUCAUCGCCUAUUGCAACACAACUUCCUCAAGCUGUAGGCGCUGCUUAUUCGCUUAAAAUGGACGGAAAAAGUGCUUGUGCAGUCACUUUUUGUGGAGAUGGAAGUACUAGUGAGGGAGAUUUUCAUGCUGCUUUGAACUUUGCAGCAGUAAUGGAGGCACCAGUUGUUUUCAUAUGUCGUAACAACGGAUGGGCCAUUAGUACCCCUGUCGAAGAACAAUUUCGAAGUGAUGGCAUUGUGGUGAAAGGUCAAGCUUAUGGGAUAUGGAGUAUGAGAGUAGAUGGAAAUGAUGCUCUUGCCGUUUAUAGUGCAGUUCAUACUGCACGCGAAAUUGCUAUAAAAGAACAAAGACCAGUUUUGAUUAGUUUUUGA